GGUUAUUCGUGCGUUGAUUUAUUGAAUGCUGGCAUGAGAGACAGCGGAGUCUAUUACCUUCAAAUUCGCGGGACGACUUACUGGUUUCUAAAAGUUUAUUGCGAACAGGACGUCGCCGAAGGGGGAUGGACGGUGAUUCAAAGAAGGGACGACUUCGGCGAACCGAGAGAAAAUUUCAAUCGGGAUUGGGCUGACUAUAAAAACGGUUUCGGCGACCCCGCCAGGGAGUUCUGGCUCGGGAACGAAAAUAUAUACAUGUUAACGAACAACGAAGAUUACAUGCUUCGAGUGGAGCUCGAGGAUUUCGAGGGUAACAAAAGGUAUGCCCAGUACUCUCACUUCAAAAUCUACUCGGAGGGAGAGUAUUACAAAUUGGAGAUCGAUGGCUACGAUGGGAAUGCUGGUGAUUCGUUGAAUGACCCUUGGUACGGUUCAAACAACAGCCCCUUCUCCACGUACAACAGGUAA